UAAAAAGUAAACCCAGAGAAACUGAGAAUCAGGAACAAAAUGAAAUGAACCAAAGUGACUUCACCAUCAACGACAAGGAUAAAAAUUCUCCCGCUUCGCCGUUGAUGAAAUGUUUCACUACGGCUUCUCUUUCGGAGUGCACUAACGGACGGUUAAGUAGUGAGAAAGAUGCGAAAAGUUCAGAUGCUUCUUGUAAGAGAGGAAUCGGUGACUCUGGUGAUGCUACCUUUGAUGGCUCCCCUCAGAGAGUCUCUGCUGGCACAGUUGAUGGAGAAGCGACUCAUUCUGUCUUUUCGAAACCAUCCGGCUUUACCACAGGGAGAGGGGCUCCCAUUUCAAGGACAGAGGAGAGUACAGAGAUGGCUCAGCAGGUUAUGAUGGAAUGCCAGGAAGAUAGAGACCCUGAUGCUUGUGACGGUCGUGUUGGGAAUGCCACAUACAGCGAGAACAGGACAUUUUCCAGUGGACAGUGUGGGAAUGGUAAGGACGAUCGUCUUCCCAAAGCUCCCAGUGCUGGUUCAGUGGCUGGGAACUGUGCGGAUACUUUUGGGUUCCAGACAGCCGGUGGUCGUGCGAUUUCUCUGAGUGCAACGGCACAGCAGAAGGCCAGGCUAUUGUGGGAGUCUGUAAGAAAUGAAACCGACUGUGGUGAACAAGCAGAUAAAAUCCCACCAAAAGUCCCUCCAAAAGAAAUUGUUCCCGGCAGUACUCGCCUGGCAGAGAAACCGCCGCUCAGCAGCACGGUGAAGCCGCCAGGAGGAACAAAGCCGGUGAACAAUGUUUGCGAAAACACAAAGAGUAAUGCUAGUAAGCCUAAAUUUGACAAAAGUUACAAAGGUUUCAGACCCUUCAAGCCCCCAAAACUUAAACAGAAAACUGUCGCGACGUCCAGAGAUCAGACGGGCCGUGUUUUGAAUCAGUCUUGUGGUACAAAACAGACAAACAACAGCGCCAGAGUUGCAGCUCUGGAGCAGAUACUAAAACAGUGUGAUGAUAUCAUGGACACGAAUAAUGACGCGAGCGGCAGCCGCAGUGCAGGAGAGAGUAAGGAGGAAUUUCGUCCUUUCACUGGCUUACAACAAUGUUCGAACCCAGGUCCUCAAGCCUCACUACUCCCCUCCCUCUCAACGGGAGCAGAGAAGUCUGGAGAGACAAUAGCACACCAGGAAACAUCGAAAAGCAAUUUUACCCUAGGGUUCAGAAAAGCUGGGGGAGCAGAUGUUACAGUGUCUAGACAAGCUUUGAGAAAAGCUGAGAUGUCGCACUCGGAGGAUGGUGGUGAUUUAUCGAGCAGAGACGCAGCCUCAAUGUCUGUGGCACUCAAUACUUCUGGAGAACCGCAAGCUGAUGCGACUUUGAAAGAACCACCCAUGGUCGGCUUUAUGACAGCCUCCAGGAAAAAUGUUGAGGUUUCAGACAAGGCAAUGAGUCGCGCCAAGUCCGUGUGGAUAGAAGUGCAGCAGGCAGAGAGGGAAGUGUCUACAGCGAGGCCAAUGUCAGGAUUUGUCACUGCGGCAGGGAAGGAAGUUAAAGUUUCCGAGGAAGGGAUGACUCGAGCUAAAUCUUUGUGGACGGAAGAUCAAAAUAAUGCUCCGGAGAGUGAUGAGGUGCUUCGUGAUGCGUCGGGACUCUCGUUACCCACUUGCGGUUCUGGACUUGGCCACGACAGUGCUCUCACUGGUUUCACAAAAUCUGGAGAAGUUCACUCAUUACAGGUGUCAAAAGCGGUACUGCCAAGCUUCACGACCGCAGGUGGGAACGAUAUCCAGGUGUCGGCAGAAGUUAUGACUCACAGUGAGUCCUUGUGGACAGACGGACAGCUGGGAGAACCGGAGAUUUCUAAAGGGAAACAAUCCAUGGCAGGUUUCAUCACUGCUGCUGGUAAAGGCGUUCAAGUCUCGGCACAAGCAUUAAGUCGGGCUGAGACUUUAUGGGCUGAGGAUAAAGACAUGAGCGGAACAACCCGAGGACAGACGGGAGAGGCAUUGAAAGAUGGAGCUGUUCCAGGUUUCAUGACUGCAGCCGGUAAAAGUGUGGGGGUGUCUGAAAAAGCCUUCAGGCACGCCAAGUCUUUGUGGAGUGAUGGAAUGCAGGGAGAAGAAGAAGGUUCCAAAGGAAAACCUGUGUCAGGAUUCAUGACGGCUGCUGGGAAAAAUGUUCAGGCUUCGGAAGAUGCAAUGGCUCAUGCCAAGUCUUGGUGGAAUGACGGUCAAAGUGAGAUGCUUCAAGCGGCAUCAGAUCGUUCAUCACCCGUGAAAGGUUCUGAACCCGAGCCAAAGGACACUUUUUCUGAUGUCACAGAGUAUUCUAAACACGAGGCGGAAGCGCCGAACUCAAAACCUAUGUCAGGCUUCACAACGGCAGCAGGUAGACAAGUCCGAGUAUCGGAUGACGCGAUGGCUCAAGCCAAGUCCCUCUGGACAAACGAUCAACGAGCUCAAAGUGGUGGGGAGUGUGGUGAGAUGCUUCAGGGGGAAGCCAACUUCUCCGGACCAGUCAGUGGUUUGAGAUCUGCUUCUUCAAAAGGCGUGUUUGCUGGUUUUACUACGGCGGGCGGGGCUGCCAUGAAGGUGUCGGAGAAAGGCUUACAACAUGCCCGUUCUUUGUGGCAUGAGGAGGGUGCUAGCUUUGAACAUGAGGGAACCGCUGUUGGUGAACAAAGAACCGAAAGUUUGAAGCAGCCCACAGCUCAUACCAAUGAUGGACAAGUUACUCAAAAGAAAAAUGAAAAGCUGACAGGUACAUCAAAGAAAAAUGAUAGUAAGACUUCUUAUACCUCUCCAGCUGUCAGUCCAUCUGGUUUUCAAACUGCAGGCGGGGCUAAUGUUCCUGUAUCGGACAAAUCUAUGAAAGAUGCUGAAAAAUUAUGGUUGGCAGAACAGAGUGAUCACGACCUGGCUGAUGUAGAAGAAGCCGCUUUAUCUGGUCAACUUUGUGAUCUGCUGGACGGUUCUGAUGCCGAUCGCACAGGGAUGAAUCGUGCUGCGCCUAACGCGAGAGCGGGGGAGCCUGCGGGGUUCUCAACUGGCAAGGGAAGGAGUGUGGUUCUGUCAAAGUCAGCGCUGAGAGCUGCCCAAAGUCUUCUGAGUUGUGAGCAAGAGGAUGUUGGGCCAGGCUCAUUGUUGGCUGUACCGCCGGACGACCGCCUCCAAGACGACAGAAGUGACUGCUCUACUGACUCUACCGACAGGAGAAUUGGAAAGAAACUCCUCGCUCCUCAGAGGCCAAAGAACGAAGAAUUUCAUUGUGACAGGAGAGACUUCAAAAGGAGGCGGCUGCAACCCGUUCUGACCGGCGAAAGUCCUGAAGCAAGUGAAAGGGAUCCCCUGGCAUCCAAGCUUGAGAGUGGACAUGUAGAUGCCGUGAAGGGAAAGACGACGUCCACUUUCAAGCCACCGUACAAAAGUACCGCCCACACCCUCAGCUCCACAUCCACUUUGGCACGUCCUCAUCCUCAGUCCCCUCGGACGUCAGGAUCUUCCUCGGGGUUCAUCGCUCCCAGAUCGAGACAAAGCCGUCCCGUAGACAGUUCUGACACCUCCACCUCCUCCAAGUCGUACAUUUUCUUCUCUAAAAGAGGCAGAGGAGGAGGAGGGGGAGGAAGAAGAGGAGAGAUAACAGAUGCUGGGCAGACAAAUUCUGCUACUGCUGCCGCAGACACCGAGAAUUCUGCGUCUGAACGGAACUCAGAAAUACCCAACUGUAGCGUUGCUCCUUCUGUCGUGGACGAGUCUCUGUUUGACAUGAAUGACGAGGAGGAGAACAGAUUGCUUUGUCGAGAGAUGGAUAACUUAUCGGAGGUGAUGGAACAGCCGGCAGAAUCAAACCCCGCUGUGGCUCUCAGUUGUGGGCCGCCAUCGAGUCCUAAAUUAGAAAACGCUAAAUUACAAAGUGACGACUCAAAAAAAUCGGAAGAACGCGAGGGGAGAGCAAAGUCUGUUGUACAUCAACCGAGCUCUGUGAGGGGAAGUAAUAACGCUACUAAUGAAGAGGCGACUGCCGGUUGUGCGACUAUUUCUGCCGGUGUGAAAACCCAAAGUGCCAGGGCGAUGUUGCCCGCGGAUGUUCUCGACGAAGCUCGCAUGAGGCAGGACAAGUUGUGCAGGGUAAAACUGCGGAAAAAGAUUCAGCCUCGGAAAGGUCGGUGGCUGGAAGAAAGGUCGAAGAAUGGAGGUUCAAGGUCAUAUCAGGAGUCCGGUCUGGCUCCUCUGUGGGAUCUGAGUAGAAAAGAGCUGCUACAUUUGGGCGUGUCAGAGUCCACGCUGGGCGUCAGCAGCUGCAGCGCGGCUCUGUUCCGGUUGGACCUGCGUCGUCACUACCCCGGCCUGGGAGGUAGCGUGUUGCUAGGAGACGGGGCGCUCCUGGUGCCGGACGCUCACGGGUUCGCCGGCUGGGAGGAGUUCCACAGUGCCCUGCUGACUCUGGAUAGUGUAGAUCCCAAACUGAUGGACAAAUCGUGGACAGAGAACCACUACCGCUGGAUUGUGUGGAAGCUGGCCGCCUCGGAAGUUUCUUUCCCUCACCACCUGGCCGGCAGGAGUCUGAGCCCGGAGAAUGUCAUGUACCAGCUCAAGUACAGAUACGACAGAGAGGUUGACCUUUGCCAGAGGAGUGCGCUGAGAAAGAUCCUGGAGCGAGACGACGCGGCUGGCAAGAGGAUGGUGCUGUGUGUGAGCUCCGUGAAGAAGGAGUCGAAUGGCCAGCUGUCUGUGGAAGUGACCGAUGGCUGGUACUGUCUCAGGGCCCAGGUGGACGGUGUACUCAAUGACCUCUUGACCAGGGGGAGACUGCAGGCCGGGGACAAGAUAGUGACCAGCGGCGCCGAGAUAGUCGGAGCUCAGGAUGCUUGCAGUCCUCUGGAGGUAAAAGAGGGCACUGCCCUGAAGCUGAGCGGCAACUCGACCCGGCCUGCGCCGUGGUGCGCCAAGUUGGGGUUCUGCUCGACACCGGCGGCUCUGUGCGUCCCCCUGAGUUCUCUCUCCCCUCACGGAGACACGGUGGGAUGUGUGGAUGUAGUGCUCACCCGCAAGUAUCCUGUCAUGUACAUGGAAAAACUUGGGGACGGGAGCCACGUGUUCCGCUCGGAGGAGGAAGAGGGUCGGGCGUUGAGAGCGUUUGAGGAACGGAGACAAGAGCAGGCGGAGAAAGUCAUGGCCAAGUUACAGGCUGAGAUGGAUGCGGAGGAUGCAGCUGACAGGGUUCGCGGUCGGAGACAUCGUCGUGUGACUCGCAAGGAAGUGGAAGAUUUGUGGUCGGGUCAGGACAUCGCAGAGGCUGUGGAGAGAGCUCUCAACCCAGAGGAGGUGCAGCAAUCUCUGAGUGCCAGCCAGCUGAGUCGGCUAGAGGAGUACACGCGGAGCCAGAUGGAGAGAAAGCAGCAGGAGAUGAAUAGAAAACUGCAGGAUGCCAUGGCAGAGAAGGCUGUUGAUACGAGACACGUUACCCCGGUGCAGAAGUUUCGAGUUGCUGGAUGUUGUUCCAGGGACAUUGACGCUAAAGCUCGUUGCCUGGUCACAGUAUGGCGUCCGGGGGCCGAGUGGUCGGAGAUGUGCGAGGGUGGCCGGUACCGGCUGUUUCACCUGGCGGCUUCCGCAAGCAGGGGAGCUAAUAAGCAGUGUCGAGUGUCGUUGACUGCCUCGCGACAGACGCGUGUCCAGCCCAGACCCAUCAGCGAAAACUUGUGUGACCUCAUUUAUGAGCCAAGAGAGGCGUGGCUGGUGAAGGAUCUAGAGCGGACUCAGCCAAUGGGUGGAGAGUUCGAUUUUGUCGGCGCUCUCGUCCGUCUGGUACAACCUGCCAGACCGUCCCACCCCUUUGUGCUGUACCUCUGCGACAGCGAGAAAGAUUUCCUGUGUGUCAAGAUAUGGCAUCCCACCCAGCACCAGGUCAACGCGUGGAAAGAGAAGCCGUGUCUUGUGGUGUGUAACCUCACACUGACCAAUCAGACGUAUCGGGGCUCCGGGUCCACCCUGGUCACAGCCGAGGCGAGGUCAGAGUUCACGACCUUCACCAGUUCGGGUCAUACGAGCCAGUACAGAGGCACUUUCUCGGAGAUGACAAACAUGAGGAAGUCUCGUAAUUUCUUUCAAGACGCGAAUGAUAGGUUGGAUCAGCGUCUCUCGUCGUCCGCCCCUUCAACCAGGUCAAGUUCUACCCAGGAAGAACAUCACCAACAGGAUUGUAGCGAGGACUUCCCUCCUGACGUCCUGGAGAAGGUCUUCGGCCCCAUGAGCCAAGGAGACGGUUUCCCAACAGCUGGAGCGUCGGCGGCCGGAACCGAACGACGACAGACGCGUGACCUUGACGCAAACUCUGACUUGACUCGCGGGAGACUGGCUGGUGUCAAGAGAGGUCACAGCAACGACAACGUUUCACAAAUCUCGACAAAGCGGAAAAGUUCUUCUUCGACCCCAGAUCUUUCUGCAAAUAAUCUAGAAGGAAAGAGUCCGAGUACGUCUGCUGUGUGCGAGGAGGACGACCAGAGUGGAGAGUCGGAAGUGCUGAAGAAACGCAAGCGGUUGUUGAGAGAGAAAAUGCGUAAGUUGAUGGCAUAUGACAAGCCUUCCCCCCUGUCCACUUUGCCCAACGGAGGGUCGCCAGCCAGCGGCAAAGAAUUCAAAUCUCCAUUUCCAAAAAAGUCCUGACCGAACUACAAUACCGUGCCUUGUUUAUCGUGAAUCUUUAACACUGCCAUCAAAAGGCUCAUAUAUAAUUUUUAAAAUCUUGCCAUCAAAGGCAAAGGCAUUUUGGAGAAAAUCCAAAGAAACUGGGUGGUAGACAUCGCCGAUCGGUGAGAUGAGGCGGCAAGGUGAUAAAGGGCUUGUUUAGACAUGUCAGAUAUUGCUAUGGAAGAUGUAGUUGUCUCUUGUAAUGUGAAUGUACAAUGACUGGUCCGUUGAUGAUAGUCAGUGGUUGGAGGGCAUCAUUGGUAGAUCCUACUUCUUUUCUUUUCCUCUGUAGUUUCUGUCUGAAGAAUUUUUAUUUGAAAAAAACCAAAAACAAUAAAAUAAAAAAACAACCCCACAUGGAGUGUUUAUGUCACCAGCCUGUUCUGGUGAUCUCCUACAGGUAAAAUCCUGGUGAGGCCAAGCUGAGUCCGUUUGUGCCACUGACUGUAGUGUCUUUAGGCCAUUCCCAAAGGGGGGACAUUUCUCGUUCAUGCACAGUA